AUGAAUGCCAUCUAUCUAUCUAUCUAUCUAUCUAUCUAUCUAUCUAUCUAUCUAUCUAUCUAUCUAUCUAUCUAUCACAAUUUGUUCAUUAUCUAUCUAUCUAUCUAUCUAUCUAUCUAUCUAUCUAUCUAUCUAUCUAUCUAUCUAUCUAUAAUCAAUUGGCAUGAGAAGAAAAAAAGCUUUCAAAGAGUGGUCAUGACUAAUAUAAUGAUGCUUUUUUGUUACAAUCUAUGUAAAUUUAUGGCUGUUUAUCUAUCUAUCACAAUCUGUUCAUAUCUAUCUAUCUAUCUAUCUAUCUAUCUAUCUAUCUAUCUAUCUAUCUGUCUAUCUCUCUCUGUCUUUAAUAUAUCGUAUCGUAUCGUAUCGUAUCGUAUCGUAUCUAUCUAUCUAUCUAUCUAUCUAUCUAUCUAUCUAUCUAUCUUAUCCUACUUUGUACAUUUCAUAAUGUGUGACUAUCUAUCUAUCUAUCUAUCUAUCUAUCUAUCUAUCUAUCUAUCUAUAUUCGAUGAAUUUUCACCCUAUAGUGUUCGUUUUCUUGGUAACUCCACAGGGAGGUCCAUCAUUGAGUCUCCACCCUCUUCAACAUAUAGGAUGAUCUCCAUCAUCCUCAACUGCCCCCCCACCAUGACGCCAUUUCUUUCGAUUUCGAUUUUUCCUUAA